GUCAGUGGUAUUUCGAAGCAGGGUAUAAUCGAUGCGUUGCGUCAGUACGCUUAGCAGUUCAAUGCGCCCUUAGAGAAAGCCAUGCAUCUGAAGCUCGUCACCCUGACGUUUUGUGUCAUCGCUGCGCAGUUUGUCUUGUGUAAGAAGCGAGAUCACACAAAAAAUAAGGAUGUCUGGGAGAUAAUGAAAAGGUCUGAUGUCUUUUUCUUGGUGAGACGGACGUAUCGCUGGUCGGCCGAUCGCAGCGAAUGCUCCUAUAUAAGGGUGCUUGAAAAGGAUAAAGGGAACAAGACCCUUUUGACACUCUCAGGAAAUUAUAACACAGGGACAACCGAUUAUAACAAGCACAAAAUCUAUGUCACUACAAGGAAAGGCAAGGGUGGGAAGAGAAAUCACAUGCUGCUUUCAACUGAAAGAUACAACGGACCAGGAUUUGAAUACAAAGCAAUAUUUGACGACGGAGAAGGUUGCAGCAUCUUGAAGAUAACAAAGAUCACUCAAGAGAAAGUCCCGCAAAGAUGGGUUGGACAAUGCGAAAUGUGGGCUACGAACAACACAGCCUACCAGCUCAAUGUCAUGGCGGUCUGCGAAAAGACGUAUUUUGCAAUGUGCAAUCCAAACACCACCAUAGAGGACACACCUUACGUUAUCAACUGCAAGGAGCCACCGAAGGAAAUCGAGACUUCGGCCUUACCCGAAUGCUGAAGACCGCCGCUGCUUCGAAGAAAUCCUGUAAUGCAGCAACCGUAGCUGCCUUUAACUCUGUAAUAAACAAAGGCAAUAUACGACUCCA